CAAGUGGAUCCGUUGCGAGAAAACAAAUCAUAGAAGGAACUAGUAGGGAACUCCUAAGAAUCUGCGUUGUUUUUCUUUUUAGGUGACGCAAGGAGCGGCGUUUCGUCCUUGUCCGGUGUGCACGCGUGUGUAUGCAUACUAAACAUUUGGAGUGCGUGUGUUCGCCAGCGGGACAUUGAAACAUGGCGAGUGUAGAAAUAGUAGCGGAGCACGAACGCAUCCUACGGGAGAUCGAGAGCACCGAUGCCAACUGUAUCGGACCGACUCUCCGGUCAGUGUACGACGGACAAGAACAUGGCCUGUUCAUGGAGAAGCUGGACGGAAGGAUCCGGAACCAUGACCGAGACAUUGAGAAGAUGUGUAACCACCACUUCCAAGGAUUUGUGGACUCUAUUACAGAGUUACUUAAAGUCAGGGCAGAAGCCCAGAAACUCAAGAGUCAGGUGACUGACACCAACCAGCGUCUUCAGGACGACGGUAAAGGGCUUGUGUCCUGCAUGGAUGACCUGAGACGGUGUCGACUGCAACAGAGAAAUAUUGCCACGACUAUUGACAGACUCACGCAUUGUCUCCCAGUGCUGGAGAUGUACAGCAAACUACAGGAGCAGAUGAGACUGAAAAGGUAUUACCCUGCGCUGCGGACCCUAGAACAACUGGAGCAGACAUGUCUUCCCCGAGCGGGCCAGUACCGGUUCUGUUCGAUCAUGGCGGAGAACAUCCCUCGUGUGAGGACUCUGAUCAAAGACACGGCCAUGUCUCAGCUCAGAGACUUCCUGGAGUCCAUACGGAAACACAGCAACAAGAUCGGAGAGACGGCCAUGAAACAGGCACAUGUCCAAAGAGCUGCGGUAGGUAGACGGCUCAGAAAGGAGGCGGGACUAGGGGCGGCGACUGAGGUGGAUGGACAUGGGAGCAGUCCAGUGACUGAGCAGGACUCUGGAAUACUGGACGUAGAGGAUGAUGAGGAUGAUGAGGUACCGGGAGCCCAGGAGCUGGUGGACUUCUCUCCAGUGUACUGCUGCCUCCACAUCUACACUGUUCUGGGAGCCCGGGAAGAGUUUGAGAACUACUACAGGAAGCAGAGGAGGAAACAGGCUCGACUUGUACUGCAACCACACUCUAACAUGCAUGAAACUUUGGAUGGAUACAGGAGAUUCUUCAAUCAAAUCAUCGGGUUCUUUGUUGUAGAGGACCAUAUACUUCAUACUACCCAGGGAUUGGUCAAUAGGGCUUAUGUUGAAGAGCUGUGGGAGCUGGCACUGUCCAAGACCAUCGCAGCCCUGCGCACACACUCCUCGUACUGCUCUGAUCCUGACUUGGUGUUGGAUCUCAAGAACCUCAUUGUGCUGUUUGCAGACACACUGCAGGGCUAUGGUUUUCCAGUGUCCCAGCUGUUUGACAUGCUGCUGGAGAUGAGGGAACAAUAUGGAGAGAUUCUACUGAAGAAGUGGAACCUCACAUUCAGGCAGGCCUUGGAUCAGGAUAACUACAGCCCAAUACCCGUGGCCACAGAGGAAGACUACCGACAGUUCAGCUCCCAGUUCCCUUUCCAGGACCCUGACCUAGACAAGCUUCCUUUCCCCAAGAAGCUUCCGUUCUCUGAGUUUGUUCCUAAAGUCUACUGCCAACUCAAGGAAUUCAUCUACGCCUGCCUCAAGUACUCUGAAGACCUUCACCUCAGCUCUACAGAGGUAGAUGACAUGAUUCGUAAAUCCACCAACCUGCUCUUAACCAGAACACUCAGCCACUGUCUCCAGUAUGCCAUCAAGAAGAAGAAUGUGGGUCUGGCAGAAUUGGUCCAGCUCAUCCUGAACACCACUCAUCUGGAGGCGUCCUGUGUUUACCUGGAGGGGUUCAUAUCCAACAUCACUGACGUCCCUCCCGACACCGCCAACACUACAAAGCUCUACGGAACCUCCACGUUCAAGGAUGCCAGACAUGCUGCGGAGGAGGAGAUUUAUACCAAUCUAAACGCUAAGAUCGAUCAGUUCCUGCAGCUGGCGGACUAUGAUUGGACAGCAGCCCAGGGGGGCGGAGCUCCAAGCGACUACUUGAGUGACCUCAUUGCCUUCCUGUGUUCCACCUUCUCUGUCUUCACUCACCUUCCGGGUAGAGCCGUAGAACAUGCUAGGCUACCGGGGAAGGUGGCCCAGACAGCCUGCAUGUCGGCCUGUAAACACCUGGCCUCCUCUCUCCUUCGGCUCCUCCUGCAGCCUGACGUCAGACAGGUUUCCCUGGGAGCCAUGCAGCAGUUCAACAACGACGUCAAGGAGUGUGAGAGGUUUGCCAGAACCGACCCGGUACCAGGGUUCCAGGGGGACACACUGUUGCUCGCCUUCUCUGACUUGAGACAAUUGCUGGACCUGUUCAUCCAGUGGGACUGGUCUACCUAUCUGGCCGACUACGGAAGACCCACCUGCAGGUACCUGAGGGUCAGCCCUCACACUGCCCUGGUGCUGCUGGAGAAGAUUUCCAGAUUGAUGAAAGACACUAGUCGGAAAGGCACCAUGUUUGCUCAGUUCAGGAAGAACGAGAGAGACAAACAGAAACUCAUCGACACUGUCGUCAAACAGCUGCGCAACCUCAUCUCUGCCCACCAGACAUAAAUGGAGCCACUCUAUUGGUCAAAGAGCUUUUAUGUCCUCCAGAUCUUUCCCGAGCUAUGCCAUUUUUCAGAGGGACUGAAAUGCCCCGUCCACCAGGAUUAAAUCGAGGGGUUCUGUUGCCUGGGCAUCCUUAGCAUGCUCCUGUCAGAACACUGUCCUGUUAGCAUGACUCCUUCAAUAUCAUCCAAUAUGGCCGCCUUCUCGCGACAUGUUUCUUGUGUGUACCUGUAAAUCAUCAUCCUCUAUUGAAACUGC